CAUGCAAUUUGUCAACAAAAUGACCAAAGUACCCACAUGCAAGAUUGUACUUUCCCAUUUUGCCACCUAACCCCAGCCCUCUUUCCCUUACACUUCAUUAAACCCAAAAAGAAAAAAAAUAUAUAUAUGUAAUUUUGUAUAAAAGCAGGUCAACUUGCUGCAAGUAUCUGUUUUGCUUUGUGCAGUUCUUCAGGGCAGGGGAAGAAGGAAGAAGAACAGAGAUAAAGAGAGAGAGAGAUUUUUCCCAUUUUCCCCUUUUUUUUAGAGUGAAAGAUUUCUUGAAUUUGCAGCUUUAAUUUGUUCUUCAGAAAUGAAAGGUGCCCAAACAAAACCUCUUGUUAUAUCCAAAUACUUUGUAUUAUCUCUCUUUUUCUCUCUUCCUUUCAUCCUCCUCCUCUCUCUCCGCCCUUACUACCACCGCUUCUCCACGGCCACCACCAACAUUCCGCCAUCGUCCGAUAAAUCCAACUCCGAAUCCGCCGAUUUAAAGAUCCGACCCGGUUACACUUCCUACGAACGCUACAUAAAGAAACAACUCAACAAAACCCUAGACCCGAAGCUCCGAAAGAUAUGGACCACCCGAGAUUGGGAUCGGAAAAUCCAAGUGUUCUCCAGAUUCUUCGAUGGAUUAAAAGGGGAAGGGCUAAUCUCGACGGAAUCGAAAGCCCUAUGCAUCGGAGCUCGGGUCGGGCAAGAGGUGGAGGCGUUAAGGAAGAUCGGAGUUUUGGAUUCGAUCGGAAUGGACUUGGUUCCUUAUCCGCCGUUGGUGGUUGAAGGCGAUUUUCAUAAUCAGCCGUUUGGGAACAAUACUUUCGAUUUCGAAUUCUCUAACGUCUUCGAUCACGCGCUCUACCCGGAGCGAUUCGUGGCGGAGAUCGAACGGACGUUGAAGCCCGGCGGGAUCUGUGUAUUACACGUGGCGUUAUCGCGACAGACGGAUAAAUACUCCGCCAAUGAUCUCUACAGUGUGAAGCCGUUGAAGGCUCUGUUUCGGAGAUCGACGGUGGUUCGCGUUGGGAAGAUCGACGGCUUUGGAUUGGACACAGAGAUUGUUUUCCGGAAAACGACGAGCACCAUCCAACGGUCUUGAUUUCUUGAUUUUUAUUAUUUUUUGUAUUUACUGAAAAAAGAGAUGGAUUUUUUUUAUAUAAUUAAAUUGAAUCGAGAAUUUUAAGAAUGAAGUAAAAAAUGUAUAAUGAAAAGAAAGAAAAAGGAAUACAGCUGGAUUGAAAGAAACAACUGGUUAGAGGGUUCCAAUGGGGAUAUUAUUGAUUGAUUAAUUUUAGAAAUAAUUUUUUGGCUUAGUUAUUUCUGAUUGGACCUCGUUGGCUGACGUGGCGUGGUCCCACCAUUUGUAAUGGACUUAUUCGCUUUCCGACACAUUCCUCUUAUUUCUUUCUUUUGUGUU